GCUGUCACUUAACUUACAAGAUGUCUGAGAAAUGAAACAGUGAGGUGUACGCACUAGGUGCCUUUGACAGCCUGCACAUGGUAGAAGGCCAGUAUUACUUACAGGUAUGCACAUUACUGAAGUGUCAAACCACUGACCUGAGAACUUGUGGAGAGCCUGCGGGGUCAGCUUUUACUAAGUUUGAAGAAUUCUCCCUCAGUGGCACAUUUGGAACGAGUUAUGUUUUCCCACAGAUCAUUCUUAGUGAGAGUCAGCUUGUCCCUGAAAGACAUUAUGAGAGUGAUGUUGUCAGAGAAGGCUUCUGGGCUGGAACCAACUCUGCAUUGAAGUUAAUCCUUUGCUUUCUUUGAUCAGGUUUCAGGAGAUGGACGUCUGCAGAGCCGAGGCGGAGCCUGUUUGCCUUUCCUGGUUCUGGCCCUGUAUGGAAGAGUGUUUGAGAGGGACCCUCUGCGCUUAGGGCAGGGAACUGGGCAACUGCCAUGAUCUCCUUCACCGCCAUCCUUUCAGGAUUAGCCUGGCAAAGAGAGAGGGAAAAGAGAGAGUCUUUAGUGUCUGUUUAGAAGAGAUGUCAUCACUUUGCUGAAACAACAAACUUAAGAAGAUUUAAAAAGCAAUUGGAUGUGUGUGCACGUUUUACAUAUUCAUUUCUGGGAGCUGCAUGCAUCUUCUGUGUGGGUGCACUUAAGUAUGUGUCAGUAUGGCUAUGUAUAGUGCAACAUGUAUUUAUGGGAGGGGAGCCUAGAAGAAUCCUUUUGUGGUAACUUCUCUAACGUAUGCAAAUAUUGUGUCUCUCAUUUGUAAAUGCACAGGGUAAGCGUUGAAAAUGCGGAGGGUAUUUGGUCCUAGUCUUUAGGAUACAGGAAGUUAAAAAACAAGGGUAUCUUUUAAAGUAAUUAUGAAUGACUUUUAUAACAAAUUAAAAUUGUUCCAUUGUCUCUUUAUUCUAUCUUUAUGGAAUAUUUGUAUGGAAAUUAGAUACUUGUGAAGGGAAAUUUAAAAAGAGAUAAAUGAAUAAAUGAUUCCUUCAGACC